ACACCUAAUAUUAGCCAUCUUACAAAUAUACUAGAGGGAGAAAGAAGGAAAGUUAAGCUCUUUCUUGGUCUGUUCUAUCUCCUGCUAUAUUUUAGUUGCAUCUCUCUCUCUCUUUUCUUUCUCUAUCUUCUUACUAACUCUCCUUUAUAUCUAUUGGAACUCAACGAUAAAGGAGACCAGAUCGAGUUACGUUUUAUUUUACAAUCUUAUUAGUCCACUGAUAAGUCAAUCCAUCAAUCAGUCAAAUCAAAAUUUCAGUCGAAUCAUAAAGGAUGUCUUCUUCAACAUCUGCUUUUUCACCGGACCACCUCUCUUCUUCCGAGCAACUCUGUUACGUCCAUUGCAACUGUUGCGACACUGUCCUCGCGGUAAGUGUUCCUAGCUCUAGCUUGUUCAAGACUGUCACGGUUCGAUGCGGUCAUUGCACCAAUCUUUUGUCUGUGAACAUGCGUGCCUUGCUGCUUCCUGCUACGGCUAAUCAACUUCACCUGGGUCAUCCUUUCUUUACUCCUCAGAAUCUUCUGGAGGAGAUCCGAAACGUGCCAGCUAACAUGAUGAUGAUUAACCAGUCGAAUCCAACUGAAUCGUUUGUGCCUGGUCGAGGAGUUGAUCAGGAGAUCCCCAAGCCCCCGGUGGCUAACAGACCUCCGGAGAAGAGACAGAGAGUCCCAUCUGCCUACAACCGCUUCAUCAAGGACGAGAUCCAACGUAUCAAAGCUGGAAAUCCUGAUAUAAGCCACAGAGAGGCCUUUAGUGCUGCUGCAAAAAAUUGGGCUCAUUUCCCACAUAUCCAUUUCGGACUUAUGCCAUCUGAUCAACCCGUGAAGAAAACUAAUAUGCGCCAACAGGAAGGCGAGGACGUGCCCAUAAAAGAUGGUUUCUUCACUCCAGCUAAUGUGGGUGUCACCCCUUACUAAAAUUAGAACUGAAGCUAGCUGUUAGGGUUUUUUUUUUACUAUGUGUUCUUCUAGCUAUCCGUUCUUUUUAUUUUAAGUGUUUUUUAGGAACCUCGCUCAUGUUUAAGAUUUCUUCUUAGAAGACUGUCAAGAGUUUGGAUUGCUUGUUUCUGGUGCUAAUGAUGUGGGAAGAAGGUCUUUAAAAAACUUGAAUGUUAGUGAAUCCUAGCAACUAAGGUCCGUCGAACCCACCUAAAAAUGAAAAUCUCUAUGCGUGUGGAUUAAGUUUUCGGGCAUUGUGCUUACUCUUCACUUACAGCAAGCUCGGUAAACUGUUCUUACA